AACUACAACUUUGGCGCUCCCCUCUGCCCACCUACAUCAGAUGGCCCAUAGCUUGCACCCAGUCCCAUAAGAAGCAUCAUCUCCCCCACUCCUACCCUCAAUUCUUCGCUGGGACAAUUCUCUCAUCUGUGAAGCUCAUCCAAGCUUUCUCUACACCUCCGAGAUCUCCGCAACCUCCGCGUAAACACACGUAAUGGCCCCUCCAGGGCGGCGGCGCGGCCUACCAUCGACAUGUACCCUUUUAGUAGGGCUUCUGUUCUUCUUCGCCAGCACCGCCUCAGCUGCUUCUGCUGUCCUAGGUAUUGAUUUCGGUACUGAAUACAUCAAGGCAGCUAUAGUCAAACCCGGAAUACCCCUCGAGAUUGUCCUCACGAAGGACUCGAAAAGGAAAGAAGCCUCCGCAAUCGCGUUCAAGCCCUCCAAGUCUACUGGCCAAGGCGUCGUGUAUCCGGAACGAGCGUAUGGUGGUGAUGCUCUUGCAUUGGCCGCGCGCUUUUCUGGCGAUGUCUACCCCAAUCUGAAGCCUCUCCUAGGCAAGCCGCUACAAGACCAAUCGGUUGUAGAUGACUACCAAAAGCUUCAUCCAGCGCUUCAGCUAGUGGAAAGAGACGGUCGUCAGACCAUAGCAUUCAAAAGUAAGAGCUUUGGUGAUGAUGGACAGGCCUUCUCUGUGGAGGAACUUUUGGCCAUGGAGCUUCAGAAUAUCAGAGAUAAUGCGAAGACUAUGGCCGGAAAAGGCACAGACGUUUCCGAAGUUGUUUUCACUAUUCCCCCUUUCUUCACGGCCGAUGAGAAGCGUGCCUUGGAGACUGCUGCCAACCUGGCAGGCUUCAAAGUUAUUGGGCUCAUAACGGAUGGUCUGGCCGUCGGCAUGAAUUAUGCGACAACGCGAACAUUCCCAGACAUCACGAAAGACGACAACAAGCCUGAAUAUCAUCUGGUCUUCGACAUGGGGGCUGGCUCGACUAGUGCGACAGUUCUUCGCUUCCAAGGCAAGACUGUCAAGGAUAUCGGAAGGUUCAACAAAACCGUUCAAGAGGUGGCAGUACUAGGAUCGGGCUGGGACCGGACACUUGGUGGUGAUGCCCUCAACGCUGUCAUUCUCGAUGAUAUGGUCACCAAGUUCAAAGAAAGCCCAGGAGGCAAGGCUCUUAGUGCAACCACAGAAGACAUCAAGAAGCAUGGUAGAACAAUGGCGAAGUUGUGGGCUCAAUCUGAGAAGUCACGCCAGAUUCUGAGCGCCAACUCUGACACGAGUGCCUCCUUCGAAAGCCUCUAUGAGGACGUCGACUUCCGCUACAAAUUGUCUAGAACGCAAUAUGAGGCAAUGACGACUGAAUUCGCUGCGAGAGUUGAUGGUCCAAUCACUCAAGCUUUAGCGCAAGCAGAACUAAAGUGGUCUGACUUGGACUCCGUCAUUCUGCAUGGAGGAGCGGUGCGGACACCUUUUGUUCAAAAGCGUCUUGAAAGCAUUGCCGAUGAUAAGUCUAAAUUGAGAAGCAAUGUCAACGCUGAUGAAGCUGCCGUUUUUGGCGCUGCGUUCAAAGCGGCUGGCCUGAGCCCCAGCUUCAGAGUUAAGGAAAUUCGCGACUCUGAUACGAAUGGCUACGCCUCCGGUGUACAGUACAUUUGGAACCUCAAGGAUCGAGUUCAGAAACUGUUCACUCCCACCUCCCCGACUGGAAUUGUAAAGGAAAUUCCGUUCAAAACGACGGACGAAUUCGAAUUUACUCUUUGGCAAGAGAUUCCGACCGCCACUGAUCAGACGGUUCGGUCUCCGGUUGUUCAGGGCCGUACGGAGAACAUGACAGCAACGGUGUCUAAGCUAGUUGAGGAUGGCUGCGACCGCGAGGAGAUCGAGACCAAGUGGUUGGUUCGUAUCAAUCCCGUGGACAAUCUUCCGGAGAUUCUAAAGGGCUCGGUAAGCUGUGAAGUUGAGGACACUGAUAAGGGUGGAGUUCUCGGUGGCGUGAAGGACUUCUUAGGCUUCGGUUCGAAGAAGGGUGACCAGGAACCGCUCAAAGAAGGCGAGGAAGCACCGGCCGAAAACGUGUCUGCAUCGUCUUCAGCUGAAGAGCCAGCCCCUUCUGCUGACACUAAAGUCGACAGCAAAGUGAAAGAGCCAAAGAAGAAACGUGUUUCCUCCGGCAUCGCGGUGACGACCACGGCGCAAGGCUAUGAAAAGUUCACAAAACCCGAAUUUUCUGCUAUGAAAGACAGGCUCUCCGCAUUUGACAAAUCUGACAAAGGUCGUCGGGAUCGAGCGGAAUUGCAAAAUUCACUCGAAGCAUAUACCUACCGCACUCGCGACCUACUUGAGGACGAAAGCUUCAUCGCUGCGUCUACCGCAGAAGUUCGGGACAAGCUAUCGAGCUCACUCUCUGAUAUCAGUGACUGGCUAUACGGCGAGGGCUCUGAUGCUACCAAAGAGAUCUUGAAGGAGAAAAUGAAGAGUCUGACCGAUGUUGUUGAUCCGAUAAUCAAACGACGAGACGAAUCUGUUAAGCGGCCUGAAAUUAUCAAGACUAUGGAGGAGUCACUUCGGCAAACUAAGUCCAUGAUUGACGCGAUAAGAAACAGUAUCGCGGAGGCCGCAGCAUCAGCAGCCUCGGCUGCGGAAGAAGCAGUGGUUGGCACGCCUAGCGCUGAUCCUCUGGCUGAGCUCGAUGAGGACGAGACACCCAAGACCAAGCCCUCGAAGAUGGACAUGGGUCUGGCAUACACCGAGGAUGAUCUGGGUGUCAUCGAGAAAGCGUACGAAUCUGUUGAGAGUUGGCUUGCUGAGAAAAUGGCAGCACAGGACAAGCUGGCUUCCCAUGAAGACGCCGCUUUCUCAGUCAGAGAUGUCGAGGGCAAGGCCAAAGAGUUGACUGAGGCUACUAUGAGCAUCUUGCAGAAGAAGAUCCGGGAUCAACAGCAGCAGGAGAAAGCCAAGAAGUCGAAAUCGAAGUCGAAAUCUAAAUCGAAAACCAAGAAACCGACAUCGACAUCGACGUCUUCCGAUGCUGAACAAGCAACUCCACCAGUCAUUGAACUCAAUGUUGAUCAGAAUGGUGAGCCUCCAUCGGCAGAGAAGAUCCAGAAGAUAGUGGAUGAAGCCGUGAAAGGCCAAGAGGCAGAGAAACAGCAUGUUGUGGACGAACUAUGAUGAUCUCCAUGUAGAUAGACUAGACGACGUUGUAUACUUAGAUGAUAUUCGCAAACAUUACUUGAAUGAUAGCAGGAUAGUUGGAGCGCCGCGUAG